UCGCGCACGGGGUCCUGCAGGAACUCUGCGGGGCGGAAGUCAGGCACUCAUUCGCACGCAGGGGCGCGCGUUGCUGUUGUUGUGUCGAAAAGCUGAUUUGAACUCUUUCAUCGCUGUAUAUUAAUCGUUUGUGUGGAGAAAACGCGUUUAUUUCCUCCUCUAUGGCUCCUACUAUACAGACGCAGGCGCAGCGCGAGGACGGACACCGAAGUUCAGCACACAGAAGCGUCCCAGAGAGGUCUGGCGUCGUGUGCAGAGUCAAAUAUGGAAACAGUCUCCCGGACAUCCCGUUUGAUCCGAAGUUCAUCACGUAUCCGUUCGACCAGCACAGGUUUGUGCAGUAUAAAGCCACAUCACUAGAGAAGCAACACAAACACGAGCUGCUCACCGAACCGGAUCUGGGCGUCACCAUCGACCUCAUCAACCCUGAUACGUACCGCAUCGACCCCAACAUUUUGUUGGAUCCUGCUGAUGAGAAACUGCUGGAGGAGGAAAUCACGGCUCCGUCGAGCUCAAAGAGGUCGCAGCAGCAUGCGAAGGUGGUGCCGUGGAUGAGAAAGACGGAGUACAUCUCCACCGAGUUCAACAGAUACGGCGUCUCCAACGAGAAGGUGGAAGUCAAGAUCGGUGUGUCCGUGAAGCAGCAGUUCACAGAGGAGGAGAUCUACAAGGACAGAGACAGUCAGAUCGCUGCCAUUGAGAAGACCUUUGAAGACGCACAGAAAUCCAUCGCUCAGCAUUACAGCAAACCCAGAGUCACGCCUGUGGAGGUGCUGCCCGUCUUCCCAGACUUCAAGAUGUGGAUCAAUCCCUGCGCUCAAGUCAUCUUUGACUCCGAUCCGGCUCCGAAAGACGUGUCUGCCCCGGCGGGAGUGGACAUGAUGUCACAGGCCAUGAUCAGGGGUAUGAUGGACGAGGAGGGCAAUCAGUUCGUGGCGUACUUCCUUCCCAACGAGGACACGAUGCGCAAACGCAAGAGAGACGUGGAAGAGGAUCUGGAUUACAUGCCUGAUGAAGUGUACGAUUAUAAAAUUGCUCGCGAGUACAACUGGAACGUGAAGAACAAGGCCAGUAAAGGAUACGAGGAGAACUACUUCUUCAUCUUCAGAGACUCGGACGGCGUUUAUUACAACGAGCUGGAGACCAGGGUGCGUCUGAGCAAGAGGCGAGCGAAGGUUGGCGCUCAGUCGUCCACGAACGCUGUGCUGGUGUGUAAACACAGAGACAUGAACGAGAAAGAGCUGGAGGCUCAGGAUGCUCGCAAGGCUCAGCUGGAGAAUCACGAGCCGGAGGAUGAGGAUGGAGAGGAGCUGGACUUGGAGAAAGACAUGCAGGACUCUGGCGAUGAGCGUGAGAAGCCCAGCGACUCGGAGAACUCUGAGAGCGAGUCCGAGCGCGAGGAUGAGGAGCGACCGGCUGAAGAAGAGGAGGAGGAGGAGGAAGAGGAGGAGGACGAGGAGGUGCGCAAGCGGCGCGAGAGGAAGAGCAGCGGCAGCGAGAGCGGAGAGGACCGAGACGCGGCCCGUGACGAGGAGGAGAUCUUCGGCAGCGAUGACGACAGCGAGGAAGACGAGGGUGGGCGAGCGAGGAGCAACAGCAGCAGCGUUCAGCACAGCGGCAGUGAGAGAGAGAGAGCGUCCGACUCCAGCAGCGACAGCGAAUGAGGCGCUAAACUCUCUCGCGCGCCCUCGUGAAGAACAUGCCUUUUCAUCCUCGUGAAAUUAUGUUUUGCUUGUUUUACUCGUCAUGGAAAUAAUCAGUGACCUGGACGUGAUUGUGAGCGUCACACACACACACACACACACACGUGUCUCAUGCCAUCUGCUUCACAUCCAUGUGAGCAAUCAACUGAAUUACACAGAUUUGUCCUGCUGUAGUUUUUAUUGUUUGACGUUUCUGUUUUAUUUCUCUGGCUUUUCAUUAUGUGAGACUGAAGCGAGUGACGUUUUUGUAGUUUCUUCCUCUCGUUACAGUGUAAACAUUGUAAAUAAACAAUGAAUUUGUUACA